AUGGGAGAGUUCUUGUCUACGCCAAACACAAAUCAAGAAUCAAGCAGAGUUCAAUUGAAUAGCACUGCCGUAGCAUACGGCAGUAUGCAAGGCUGGAGGAAGGAAAUGGAAGACGCUCAUAUCAUCACUUCUUGUGAAAAUUAUUCGAUGGUAGGUGUCUACGAUGGGCAUGGAGGACCUCAGGUCUCAAAGUACCUUUCCCUCGAGAUGAAAAAGGCGCUGAUGAAUUCUUCACACUUCGCGACGUCGAUCCAGGACGCUUUGAAGGAGACUUACUUGUCUCUCGACGCCACCUUGAAAACUCCGCAAGGCUCGAAGAUGCUCAACGACGCUGUACACUCGGAGUUGUAUGAAAAGAGCGUGCUGUCUGACACUAAUGUCAACUUGGCGAACACAAUCGGGUCAACUGCUCUCACUGCACUCUUCGAUGAGUACCAACUCACCAUUGCUAACGUUGGGGACUGCCGAUGUGUUCUUGUGAAGCGCGACGAAACUCUUCAAUUGACCACCGACCAAAGACUCAAUGUCAAAGCGGAGGCCGAUCGUGUUGUCGCGUGUGGUGGACGUGUUGUGAACGGACGCGUCAAUGGGGAUUUAAUGAUUUCUCGAGCAUUUGGAGACACUCAAUUCAAGAAAGGAAACAACCCUGAGAAGUAUAUUGUUUCCGCAACCCCAGAAAUCACUACGUACGACUUUGACGGAAGUGAAGAAUUUAUGAUCAUUGCAUGUGACGGAAUAUUUGAUGUGAUGAGUAAUGAUGAAGUUGUUUCAUUUGUGAAGGAAUGUUUGGACGGAGGGAUCUUAAUCGACCAAAUCUGCAAAAUGAUACUGAACAAGUGCUUGGCUGAGAACCCUUACGAACAACCAGGUACUGAUAAUAUGACUUUUCUCUUGGCCGUUUUUGAUAAAUCAGAUAAGUGGAGGAAGUGUUGUGCUGGAUGCGAUGUGAUAUCCUGA